UUACGGCUCAUUAGUCGGGUCCCCAAGACGUUAAUAAAGAAAUCAGAACUAAAAGUGAAAACUGUUUCAAUGAAACGAAGAACUUGAAUUGUCCAUUGUGUACCUCAGUGUAAACUGACACCUGUCAAAAACAAUGGGUUUUUUAUCGCGGACUUCACAAGGGGACGAUUUUCUCCCGAUAUCUUCCGAGUGUUUGAUCACGUGACUUUUGACGCCAUUUUGCGAGGGCGACGACCGUAUGAGAAAUGACACGCUACAAAGAUGACAUGGGAACUGCCAGGAUGACCAGCAGGCAGGUUGCCCCAUUCCAAGCUUUAAUGAACAUGAUCAAAGUUAAUUACUUUGCAAAGUCGGAGGUAUUCAGAGCUUUGAUAGCUGUGCUGUGUGACUAUGACAUUACCUGCCCAGAAAGUUUCAGAAAGACCUCGCGCUACAUCAGUGUACUUCUAGGAGAUAGCCAAGACCUCGCUGAUUGCCUCAUCACCUUCUUGCCUCAUCCCUCUCCUCCGCCUCCACCUCUGCUGGAAGUUCCGACACCUUCCUGGCACCCACCUAUGGUCAAGACCGGGUUGGUGCCAUCACAUCCAGCCCAGGGUACUUUCCUUCCUCAAGCAGGAGAUGCUGCUUCAAAAUCAAACCUCAACAUUCAGGAUCUGACUGCAACAUUCAGAUUACAGGAAGGGACCUGUAGAUGGUGUGCACCAAUGAAGAAUGAGAAUGUCGGUAUUCCUGGUUUAGUCCGGCCAAACUUCUCCGCCACUAUGCAGAACAUGAAGACAGUUGCAACAGCAAAGUUCAGCUUCGAUAGGGUUACCCCUCUUCAUCCCUUUAUGUUGCCUCAUCAAGGAAGGGAUACCAGUCAAGGACCAGGGAUUCAGUCAACACUGGAGGCAGCUUCAGUCAGGCAUCUUCUGGGUGGUACUAACCCAUCAGCAUUUCGUCGUCCUUUAGGGUUGGGCCAUCUUCCGGCUGAACCCCAUCAGCUGGAUCAAAGACCUCUGGAUCUGUCUAAAGGUGAUAUUAGAAGUCUCAAAGACUCAGCAUCUCAUCUGUUGGAUCAGGUCCGUCCUCUGCCAAAUCCUGUUGGUAGUGGCCUCAAUAUAAAUCCAACAAUGAAAACUGAACCAAAUGGUGUUCCACCACAUAAGACACUUAAAAACAAUGUUUCUUCACCUAAGUCUUCGGGAAUCAAGUGUAUUCCACCUGGCAACACUCCACUUUCCCACCUCCUAAAUAUGACUGCUGCGCAUGGAAAAGGGCACUCUCUGCACACUUUGACCCAAGGAAAACAUUCAACUGACAGUCUAGAGCUGUCAACUUCUACGAAGAAGGUAAAUCGAUUGAAGUCAAAGCCUGGCCGAGAACUGGAGUCCCUGAAGGAACUGACCGGAAAGCUCAAGCUAGCGGAGAAGAAAAUAAAGUUGUCACAGCAAUAUGCCAAACUCUUUCAUCCCACAAGUCCAGGUCCAGUAGGAUUCACAUCAACAGGAAUCCCAUUCCAGGUUGUGGACUCCAAGAUGCGGUAUCCAAUUCAAGAAACAGCAAAAAACUUGACUUCCUUCCCAUACAUUCAAAGGGUCAUCUUGCCAGAUGGAGAGAUGCGAACUCUUAACUUUGACAACUCGUCUUUUAAGGAUGAGGAAAGUCGUCAAGAGCAAUGUGACGCUGAGAUGCACACAAGUGCACCUAAAUUGCCUUUUAAGCAAGAGACCAACGAUAAUAAACCCAGGAAGAAAAAGAGUAAGCACUUGAAGACCUAAAUUGGGGUUUCGGAAAUUUUGACGGAAAGCAUGACCUCCAAGAUUGUUCUGAUUAUACCAGUCGGGUACUUGAAGUUUAUAUGUUUAUUUGUUAUUGUUUCACUUAAAUCA